UCAGUCAAACUUAACAGCACUGUGAUUCCUGUGGUUCAGCGGGAGCGCGCUUCCAUCUAUCGCACGCGCCCCCACACACGGUCAAGUGCAUCAGACUUAUUUCAUGUUUGAAGCGCAGAAUCGGUAAAGAUGGCGAUGUGUGCGGCGUUCCGAUGCGUUUCGGCAGCAUCGCCCCUGCUCACAAGACCAGCGCACAUCUCGACGUGCCAAAUUCUGCGAAGACCAAACAAUUUAAGGACGCUUUACACGAGCUCGCGGCUCUCGGGAGCUCUGAAAUUUACAGACAAACAUGAGUGGGUACAAGUAGAGGGGGGUGUGGGUAGAGUUGGCAUCAGCAACUACGCUCAGGAAGCGCUAGGUGAUGUGGUUUACUGUGGGCUUCCAGAGGUGGGAACAAGACUUGAACAAAUGGACGAGUUUGGUGCUUUAGAAAGUGUCAAAGCUGCUAGCGAGUUGUAUUCUCCAUUGACUGGAGAGGUAACCGAAAUCAACACAAAGCUGGCAGAUAACCCUGGACUAGUAAAUUCAGCCUGCUAUGAAGGCGGAUGGUUAAUUAAGAUGACCAUAGAGAAACCUGCAGAACUUGAUGCCCUCAUGGAUGAAGCUGCUUAUGAAAAAUUCAUAAAAUCCCUUGAUUCAUAAAGGUGGAGAACCUUUAGGAAUUCAAAAUAGCUAUUUAGGAUGCCACUGUUAGAAUGAGUACUCAAACUAUUGUUUGAAAUCUAUUUAUUUUGAUUUUGUAAUUUUUUUUUUUCCACCAUAAUAAUCUUUUGUAAUGUGGUAGUUUAAAAAGCCAAAUUUUUCAAAUGGUUUGAGGAGCUUAACGUGAAGGGAGGAGCUGGUUCUUAAGCCUUAAGUAGUAUAUUUGCCAAAAUAAUGUGGGUGCCAUUGAAAUAACACAGAUCAUGCAAUAAAAUGAAAAAUGUAA